AUGGACGACGUCUCCUCCCCCUUUCGUAUUUCCUUCCGUGACCAACUCGAGCUCGAGCGCAAUGAAGCCUUCCGGGCUAUGAGAGAACAACUUCGCCGCCAGGACUGCGGCAUGGAGAGGCCAAGCUUCUGCUCAGACCACGGCGACCUGGGCUGCUCCGAACAAGAGUCCUUCCGCCUGCAUCGCGACAUCAUCCACACUCUACUCGUCCCACUUUUCUUGAUCAACCACCAAGCAGAGCGCAUUGCUUCGCGUGCGCUGCCUAGCAAGCAGAGAGCCGAACCCGAACGAGCUUUUCGCGGCGAGGCACGCAGCGCCUUCGCUUGGCUGCAUUGUAUUCUCACGGAAGAGCACGACUGGUACCUCACUGCACGCUGCCCGGCCUGCAUCGUCCUUCACGUCCUUCACUCCGAGCCCACUAUUCGGUUUGUCACUGUCGCUGCCCAGCUGGCUGGUUCCCGCUCUGGCUUUGACUGCUGGCUUGCCGCCCUCGAAACCGCCGUGCGCCAGGACGCCUUUUGGGGCGACGCUUUCUGGCCCGAUAUCGAAGAGCGGGCGUCUCGCCUGACCGAUGGCGUGCAACAGCUGGUUCGCCAAUGCCACGAGCUCCGAACCACACUUGACAGCCCCGCUGUCACUAUUCCUAUGGCGAACCCUAAUCCGAUCUGCGACCGCGCGCCCAAGUGCACAAUUGCUGUCAAGCCCUCCAGCUUUGCCCGUAAACAAGUCCGGCUUGGACGCGAGGAGCAGCGCUACCGGUCGCACAUGGUCUGGAAUUCAUGGAACGAUUGCUCCCGGGAGCUUCGUCAACCGCUCGGUGGUGUCGCCCCUACACAAUCGCGCCGUCGCUCGAUGACCUCGUGA